GCCAUAAACCCAACAAUUCUCUCUCUCUCUCUCUCUCUCUCUCUCAAUGGCAGAAGAAACCCAACCAAGAUGGGAAGGCAAGGCCAUAGCUGAGCUGAAAGGGCCAACACCAGAACAAGUGUGGCCAUUCUUGGCGGAUUUUUGCAACCUCCACAAGUUGCUUCCCACCAUCGACACGUGCGACCGAGUCGAGGGCGUCCAGGGCCAGCCUGGCCUCGUCAGGUACUGCGCCUCCACCGCGUCCGGCGACGACUCGGACCCAUCGAAGAUCAAGUGGGCCAACGAGAGGCUCCUCAUGAUGGACUCUAGCGAGAAGUGCUUCAGCUAUGAGGUCUUGGACAACAAUGUUGGGUUCAAGAGCUAUGUUGCCACAGUUCGAGUGAUGCCUGUGAAUGGUGGGGACGGUAAGAUGGGUGGGUGCAUGAUUGAGUGGUCUUUUGUGUCUGAUCCAAUUGAGGGUUGGGAGCACCAAGAUUUGAUCUCUUACAUUGAUUUUUGCCUCCAAUCUAUGGCCAAGAAGAUAGAAAGUGCAAUUCAAGAAUCUAGUGGGUGAAGGGAGAAUGAUGUGAUCUCUCUUGUUGAUAGAUUAUGCAUGCUUUAGAUGAUUUCAAAAUGAUCGUGUUUGAUCUCUUAUUUUCGGGCUUUGCAUUUCUUGGAGAUCUAAUUUCAGCAUGAUUUACUUCUUGGA